UGGAAUCAGGAGGGAAUAAGCAGGACAUAACGAAUCCCCAAACAGGGAUUUCUGGGAAACUUGGGAAUUUUGAUCAACUUGGUGUAAUUUUGCAAUCCUAAAGAGAGCAUCACUAAAGCAUUGUAGAAAUGCUUAACUCCCACCAUCUCUCUCUCUCCUCCCUCCAGUUCUCGCGGGUGUUGAAGAACAGGGCGUGGCCCACCUUCAAGCAGGCCAAAACCAAGGUGUUCCCGCUCCACAGCAGCGACUUCUGUCCCACCAACUGCCAUGUGAACGUGAUGGAGGUGUCCUACCCCAAAACCACCACCUCUCUGGGCAGCGCCUUCAGAGUGCAGCUGGACAACAGGAAGAGUUCCACCCUGGAGAGAGGAGGUCGUAACGCCGAACAAGGUAAGCUGAACCCCAUGGUGUACGUACAACACACCAUCACCAGUAUGGCAGCUCCGUCAGGUCACAGUCUGGGUCGUACGGAGGGUCACGGCCUCCGCUUCCUGCUCCGGGAGGAUGACCUGAUGGUCUUGGACUCCUACCAGAAACUACUAGGCAAGCUGACCACGCUGGUGAAAGAGAUGGAGGGCCACGCCUCACAGAUACACGAGUGA